CUAUUCGGUGCUUUACUAUUUCAGUCAAGUCAGUAUUUCUCGUCGUACCAGUAUAGCUGUCGUGUGGUAUCGAAAGAUACGUGAAAGAGAGAAGAAAAUAAGAUAUAUAUACAUAUAAAUUGUAUAAAUCGUGCAAUUGUUUUUAUUUUGCAAAUAAUCGUAUAAAUUUGGCAUUUUUUGUGUAAUCAAAAGUAUCCAUUUGAAUGUUUAUGUUGAUUAAGUGGCAGUGAAAUAAAUGUCAAAAAUGUGAUGGAUUGAUUUGGUUGGUCCGUAGUGAAAAAUCAAUAAAAUUCAAAAUUUGACGAAGUUGGAAAUUAACACAACGAGUGCAUCGGUGUGUGUACCCAUUACAACCAUGCAUUGAAGCGAACGUUGAAUGGAUAUCGUGUUUUAUUGUGCCAUAUUUUCAAAUGUAUUUCGAUUUUGAGAUAAACAAAAUAGCCGACAGUGAAAUAUUGUGGUAGAAUAAUUGAACGACAACAACGCUCACACACAUAAAAAAAUACAAUACACACCUCGGAUUCAGCCAUUGCCGUACAUUUCAAAACGAAUCACUCAUUCAAUGUUCAAACGGCCAUCGAUUAACACAUAAAACUGCAACACACUGUGCGCGAUUUUAUUUUUGCAGAACAAAAAAUUAUUUAUCCGUAUAAUAAGAGUGCAUCGUUCAGAGUGAAAAAAAAACGAACAAUUGCAGAAAACAUAAAUAAAUUUUCUUUUUCGCUUGAAGAAAAAUUUCGUUGUGGAAAUAUCAGUGAGUGCGAAACGAUCAAAGCGUAAUUUGAAAGAAUAUAUUACAUUUAAUGCAGUUUGCAAUUCGGUUGAGUGAAACAAAAACAAAAAACGAAUAUAAGAAUAAAAAAAACGAAGAGACGAACAAGCACACGCGAGAUAGAGAAAAUUAAAUUCUUUACCACAAAAGACGUUUUAAAAGUGUGUGUGUAUAAUUGAGGAGAAGUGUUCAUUUUAAUUAUAUAAUUACAUAUUAGGGAUCGCGAUGCGGGAAGCCAUGGAAGCUGUUACUCGAAGUGUGAAAUAAGAAAUCAACGAAAAUUCCGACAAUACUUUUACACCGUUGUCUCCUUCUUUCACUCAUUUUCGACGAAACGAUACGCGGAGAGACGUGUGAUUCACAGGAGAACAGCAGCAGAAGAAAAAAACACCACAGCACGAAGAGCAAGAAGAAAGAAAAAUACAAUAUUCGAAAAUGAGAAAGCAAUUUCGUUGGCAUAUUCUGGCAAUUAUUUUAUUAUGCAUUUGUCUUCCAUUGGGUUUGUGUGACAAAAACGGUCAUCGAAAUGAUCGAAAAGCAUCAUCGGCAACGGUUGCAUCGGCAAACGAUCGAAAUAUUCGAAUGCCAAAACAAGGCAUACCACUUCGUGAUGAUAGCGAUUAUGAACGAAACGAAGAACAUUCAACGGGCGAUGACGAUUACGACGAUGACGAAUAUGAUGAUGGCGAAUCAGCGGUGAAUAAUGAAAAAGGCGAAAACAACAAUGAAAACGAUGUACAACAAUCGCCCGAAAUCGUAGAACAAGCACAAAGCGCACGAACGCAAAUUAUACAACGACCAAAAGAGCUAACCGACACUGAAAUUGCUGCAUUGUCACAGCCUGUAACACCAAACGUAGACGCAACGGCACCAGCAACGCUCACAACUGAAAUGUGUCCGAAAGAAUGCUCUUGCUUAGACGAUUUCAUGACCUGCACACGGCCACAUUUGAAGCAUUUACCUAAAGUGCCACAAUUCAUGCAAUCACUGGAGAUUCGACAAAAUAAUUUCAAUGCAGCGAGAUGUGAGCAGAGCAUUCGCAAUUUGCCAAAUCUUGUCAAUUUAACACUGAAAGGAAACGAAUUGGAACGUAUACCAAUUUUGCGCGGUUUAAUUUCGUUGGAAAAACUCGAUUUGGCGAACAAUGAAAUCCGUGAAAUUACAAUGGCAGCAUUGCAAGCAUUACCGGCAUUAAAGCAUUUAGACUUGAGUCGUAAUAUGAUUCAUGCCAUUGGAUUGAAUUCAUUCCCAAAGGAAAAUCGCAUCCAGAAAUUAUUUCUGAAUAACAAUCAAAUUACGACGCUUGAUCGACGUGCAUUGGAGCCAUUAGUUCAACUAAACGAGUUGAAAGUAAACAAAAAUCGUAUCAGUGAACUGCCAGUCGGUCUGUUCGCCAAGCUUAAGGAGCUCAAAAAACUCUCGUUGAAUGCAAACGAGUUGCGAGCAAAUAAUCUUCAGUAUGGAACGUUCAGCAAUUUGACCGCUUUAACAAGUUUAAAACUACGUAAUAAUUAUAUUGAUGAAUUGAUUACCGGAGUUUUUCAUGGUCUCGACAAUUUAAGUUUGUUGGAUUUGGCAAACAAUCAUUUAACGAAAAUCGAAAAAGGCGGAUUACUCAACAUAACAGCACUAUCGAAAUUGAAUCUAUCGAAUAAUUCGAUUCAAUCGAUUGGAAAGGAUUGCUGGGAAUUUACGCAGCGCAUCACACAUUUGGAUUUAUCGGAAAAUCAAUUGAGCGAAAUAAAUGCCGGAAGUUUUGAUAAAUUAAGCAAAUUAAAGAUUCUCGAUUUGCGCGCAAAUCGAAUUGCGACCAUUGGAGCGAUGAAUGCAACGUAUAACUUGGUAUCGCUCGAUUUAAGUCACAAUUUUAUUUCAGCAACAAUUGAAGAUUCCUUCGGGCCAUUUGCAUCGCUCACCAAAUUGGACACAUUCAAUUUAAAUAAUAACAAUAUAAAAGCGAUCAAUAAAAAUGCCUUUCUUGGCCUCAGCAAUUUGACGCAGCUUGAUUUAAGCAACAAUAACAUCACAACCAUACAAGAUGGUGCAUUUGAUCAGCGAUCAACGCCAUCACUUCAGCAUUUGGACAUCAAUAGCACCGAAUUGAUAUGUGAUUGUCAUGCGUUAUGGUUUUAUUUUUGGGCAAAAAAUACUCAAUCGUUCGGCGGAAAGAAACAGUCUGGCGAACGAAAGAAUAGCAUUGAUCUACGAUGUGCAUUCCCAUUUUCGUUGCGAAAUAAAAGAUUUCUUCAAUUACACAAAGACAAUUUGACAUGCCAUGAUAUACCAAAACCGCAAAUGGUCGACGAACCAAAAAAUCCGAUUUUGGCAAUCAAAGGAAAAAACCUUACAAUUGAAUGUACCGCAUUCGUAACGGUUGGUACAAACAUAGUAUUUACAUGGAAGCACGACAAUAUUGAUAUUGAUCCGGCACUGGUUGAAACAAAAACACGGCGCAAGGAUGAGAAUCGAGUACGGGUGAGAGAACGAUUCGUUGAACGACGCAGUGAACCGAAUCGAACGCCAAAUCGGAUUAAUGUGAGCGCACCAAAAGUGCCGCUCACCAGUUCAUCGGUGUCAAAAAAAUGGAACAACGACGAUGAGUAUGAGGGCGACGAUGAAGACACCGGAAGUGAAUUUGAAGAAAAUGAAUUCGAUGCAGAAUCAGAUUUUGAUGGAGACAGAGACAGUAUUGAUGAAGUUUAUGCAACGGUUGAAGACAUUGAAGCGGCCAUUCCAAUUAACAGCACGGUGGCCACUUCACGGUUGAACCUAACGAACGUUGAUCCGAAGACAGCGGGACGGUAUCAAUGCAUCGCAUCGAAUGAAUACGGAAAAGCUUAUUCACAGAAAUUCAAAGUGACCGUUGCAUCAUUUCCGAUUUUCACCAAACGGCCCACAAAUGUAACCGUUAGAACAUCGGAAACAGUUCGUUUGGAUUGUGCGGUUGACGGUGAUCCAAAACCUCAGGUGUAUUGGCAAUUUAACUUUGGAAAUGAUUUUCCGGCGGCACGUGAACGUCGUAUGCGUAUUUCGGAAAAUGACGAUUCAUUUAUCAUCGAUAAUGCAAAAUCAAUUGAUCAAGGAACAUAUACAUGCACCGCAGAAAACUCAGCCGGACUUAUCACGGCACAUGUCACCGUUCAAAUAAUCGAACCAUUAAUCUACAUAAAACCCAUGGAGCACAAGGAUGUUGUUGUUGGCGAGUACACAAUAUUGGAAUGUUCGAACAGUGUACAAACGUUGUCCGAUAUUCGUUGGUUCAAGAAUAGCAAGCCAAUUUCGGCAUCAGAAAGCCGAUAUUUGCUUACCAAAGAGAAUCAAUUGCUCAUCAUCGAUAAAACAAUCGAACACGAUGCUGGACUGUAUACAUGCGAAUUCUCCAACACUUUGGGUAUCGAAAAGUCGUUAAUUCAAUUGAAAGUUCGAACUGAGCCGGCCAAUGACGCAGGCGGUUACACUCACGACGAAAUCACGGCUAUCAUAAUAAUAACUGUGGUUUGUUGUGCUAUUGGUACAUCGAUUAUAUGGAUUGUGGUCAUCUAUCAGACGAAAAAGGACAAUGGUUGUGGUCCAGACGACACAAUCGAUCGCAACAAUGGCAAUGAAAUCGAAAAUCACUUAACCAAAAAGAGCAUUUUGAAAUCGGUAUCGAUGCUUCCAAAAGGCGACGAAAAACCCGUUCAAGCCAUGCGAACCGCCACCAUAUCACGUUGUCACGGUGUAUUGAGAAGCAAUAGUGGCAGCAGUUGUGGUCACAGCAGUUUGGGUGUAAGUGAUGAUAUUUUUCGGCGCUACAAAGACGAUUGUUCAAUGAGCAAUACGCCGUUGCAACCCCAUCGUAAUGGAACUGACACAGAAGAAGAUGAUCCGAAUAAUGAUCACGAAGCAUUGCUUGGUACGACUUAUUUCGAAAAUCGAUAUCCAAAAUCAGUUAAGUGUUCCGACAACGAUAGUUUCGUUGUUCAAAUGGACGAUGGUGUCGAUGGAAACAGCAGUCAACACGAUACGAGCGCUGGAAAUACAACAACAGCUGAAUGUGGUGAUUUUGAUGACGGUCAACAUUCGUCGACGAAAACAAAAAUCUCCACAUCACUGUCAAGCAGUUGCCAUUCCAUACCGGCUCUUCCACUCAAUUCAUCGCACGAAUUCGAUUUGAAUCGUUCACAUUACAAUGAUUCAAUUGCAUCGUCCAGCAUAAAUAGCCCAUUCACGAGCAAUGUGAAUGUGAAUUCGGUGCCAAACAACAAACCAGUCAUCCAUCCGGUUCCGAAACCAAAACCAACCAUUCAAACCAAUAAAUUGAAUGAACUGAUGACAACGUUCAAGUAAAUCAAUUUCGUGUAUCAAUUGUGAAUGUCUAGUCUUGCUCAUCCUUACAAAAAUUCUCGAAAGAAUUUAUGUGACAACAAAACAUUUUUAAACUAUUAUUAUUGUGUAGAAUUGUGUUUGAAUGCACACAUUUUCUUGUGCGUAUGUGUGUGUAUAUGCGUGUGCUUCGUAUUUAUUAUUAUAAAUAAUAGUUGGAACGCUAAACACACGUUCUAGUUCGAUGGUGAACGAAAAGAACACAUUUUCACCAAUCGUUUCAAUAGUAUUAGAAAGCAAAACUAAAUAAUUAACCGAUAAAUUAUUAUUAUUUCUCUGUUAGUGCAAACGACGAGUUUUAAAACAGUAUACUACGUAUAUACCACCACCACCACCCAAAAACAAAUCCAUCUAUAGCUAUAUAGUGCAUUUUAGAUGCUCACACAUACAGACAAAUCAAUGCAUAAAAGUAUAUUUAUCGAACAUUUUUCUCGAUAUGUUAAAUCAAAACAGACAUUUUUUUUUCGGAUUUGCCAUACAGAAAAUAAAUAUGUUAGAAUUAAGACGGAUUUAUGGAAUAAUGAGCAUCAGAUAAAAAGUGCAUUAAUUUUAUUCAAUUCGACAAACGGUCCAUGUGAACGAAAUGAAAAAAAAAGAAGAAAUAUUUAGCAAAAUUUUAAAAUUAGUGAAUCGUAGCAAUGAUUUAUUCGUAGUAGUUUUUUUGAUAUAUUACUCCGAUGAACACACGAACAUAAACCACUAAUUAUGUAACUUUUUGGAUAUUUUCUUUUCUUUUCGUACUGAUUUCUUCAGUUCAAUUUCGUAUUGGUUAGAAAUUUAGUUAAAACGAAAAGUGCGAAGAGACUACAACAAACGAAACAUCUGUGAUAAUUAUGAUGUAUUUUACUAUUUUAAUUCAUUUUUUUAAAAAAUAUUAUUGUUUUAUUUUCUUAUUUUGACAACAACAAAAAACUGGACAAAAAUCAAAGUUCAUUUUUAGCCAUUUGUGAAGUCACAAAGAAAGCGCGAUUCAAACAAAAUAUAACCAAAAAUUAACAAAUUAACGUGAAAAAUAAUUGUACAAACAAAAAUUGUAGCGAUUAGUAAAAAGUAAAUUGGAUAAAACAACAAAA